UUGUCGGGCUCCAUUAUGGCAACUGGCAGUCCCAGCCUUGUGAUUACGGAUAAUGAACCAGGUUAUGACCAAGAUUUACUUUGCAUACCCAAUCAUUACGUGGAGGAUUUGGAAAAGGUGUUUAUUCCUCGUGAACUAAUUAUGGACAGGACUGAGCAGCUUGCUGGAGAAGUGAUGAAGGAGAUGGGAGGCCAUCAUAUUAUAUUCCGCUGCGUGCUCAAGGGGGGCUAUACAUUCUUUGCUGACCUGCUGGAUUGCAUAAUAACACUGAACAGAAAUAGUGAUAGGUCCAUUUGUAUGACUGUAGAUUUUAUCAGACUGAAGAGCUACUGUAAUGACCAAUCAACAGGGGACAUAAAAGUGAUUGGUGGAGAUGAUCUCUCAACUCUAACUGGAAAGGAUGUCUUGAUUGUUGCAGAUAUAAUGGACACUGGCAAAACAAUGCAAACCUUGCUUUCCUUGGUCAAGCAGCAUAAUCCAAAGAUGGUCAAGGUCAAAAGCUUGCUGGUAAAAAGGACCCCUCGAAGUGUUGGAUAUAGACCAGUCUCUGUUGGAUUUGAAAUUCCAGAUAAGUUUGUUGUAGGAUAGGCUAUUAUAAAUACUUGACUAUAAUAAAUACUUCAGGGAUUCAAACCAUGUUUGUGUUAUUAGUGGAACUGGAAAAGCAAAAUACAAAGCCCAAGAUGAGAGUUCAAGUUGAGUUUGGAAACAUCUGGAGUCCUAUUGAAAUCACUAGUAAAGUUAUCAGAUGUUCUAAUUCUGUGGCCAGCUGCUUAGUAGAACUAUUGCAUGUAUCUUCUAAGAAUUUUAACUGUUUUGUACUUUAAAAAUGUCAGUUGCUGCAUUCCUGAACUCUUUAUUUGCACUAUGAGUCUAAGACUAUCAGUUUCCUUUGGGUGGAUUGUUAUUUGACUUAUGGAUAAAGAAUAUCUUAAACCACACCACUAUU